AUGGCUCCACACCGCCACCAGGCCUCCCUAGAGGGCAUCCUCAACUUCUCAGGACCUGAGUUCUUGCCAGUGCAGAAGCGCAUGCAGGCAAAACAAAGAUUCUACAGUAUCAUCAACUAUUGUAGAACAGAGAAACCGCCUGAUGCUGCAUACAGCCGCCCACUCCUUGUGCAGUACACUUACGAGUAUUCGUGCUCAGAAUUAUCGCAAGACACAUUCUUACGCGCCUUUUUUAAGUCGAUAGACCUAGAUGUUGCUGGAGGAGACAUUGACUUUGAUGAUAACGGUGAUGAGAUAAAUGAGAAGCUGACCAGUUUUGCAGACUUCCUGCUGGACAACUUUUUUAUACCGCCCAGCGCACCACGCAACUAUCACCCGCUCCAUCUUUCAGCAGUCCAACGGGCUCAGGGUCCAGUUCAUGAGUUUGUCGGGACGCCAGAACGAUUAUCAGUUCUCCGAGGCGCUUGCCUUAUUCGUGACCGUCAUCGCUGCGUGAUAUCUCAUGCGUUUGAUCGGAAGGAGGCAAUAAUUCGACUGAUACAGCAGGGCAGUAAUGCUCAGGACGAUGAAGGACAUCAACUUCAAGGCCAGCAAUUAAUGUUUCUCGAGGUGGCGCAUAUUCUGCCACAUUCUCUAACACAGACAGACUCGGACAAUACUUUAAGUGAGUCCAAAAAGUCCGCACUUAUGAUCCUCAAUAUGUUCGACUGCGAUGUAUCUCUUCUCAUUGAUGGGACAAAUAUCGACCGAGCCUUCAACGCCAUGACCCUGACCCGUGACCUUCAUACCAUCUUUGGCAACUUCCAAAUUUACUUCGAGCCUGUUCCUAACCAGGAACACACCUACCAAAUCGAUACUUUUCUUCCUGCUGCUGCCUUACCAGAAUUCCGAUUUCCUAUCACCCGUACCUUACACCUCACUGAUGAUCGGUCCAUCGAUCCCCCACUACCCCGACUCCUUGCUCUACACAGAGCAAUUGCGUGUAUCCUUCAUUUCUCAGGCGCAGGAGAGUACAUUGACAAGAUCCUUCAGGACAUGGAGGAGCUCGGGGCGCGAGAGGGCGGGUCCACGGAACUGGGCCGACUCGUCACGUUGAGAUUGGGAGGAUGGCUUGAUGAGGCAGUUAGUACUUAG